AUGGCGAAGGUGUUCCCAGUUCUUCUCAUGUUGCUUGCAACGAUAUUUUCUUUGAUUGUCAACAUAUUCAACAAACUCACGACUACCAGUGGUAUGUCAACUUCCGUUCUCACCGCAUACCGAUUCAUAUUUGGAACCAUGUUGCUAGCUCUUUUGGGCAUUUACAAAUCAUGGGGAAUCCGACACAAUCUGACAUGGAAGCGGAUAUGCCUUAUAUUUAUGUGUGGGUUGUUUGGGGGUCCUAUGUAUCAGAAUUUGUACUUAGAGAGCUUGCGUUUUACGUCUGCGACAUUUGCCACAGCCAUCAUCAACCUUACUCCUGUUGUCACAUUCAUACUUGCAAAAAUUCUCAGGUUAGAGAUCUUAGAACUUAGAACAUUAACUAGGAAAUUAAAAACAAUUGGGAUCAUAUUGAGCUCAGUGGGUGUUGAGCUCCUCACUUUCUAUCACCACAUGGAGAUCAACAUCGAGUCGAUCAAAUUUGACCUACUCUCCCACGUCAAACAUGAGAUGGAAGAGAAUCACAAUUUGGUGUUGGGAUUAGGUCUAGUUGUAAUAGCCACUCUGUGUAACGCAAUCUCCUUGAUACUUCAGAAGAAGAUUGAGGAUGAUACCAAGGGCAUUUUACUAAUCCCCUCUUUGAUCAAUGUAAUGGGUGCAAUUCAGGCUACUAUAUAUGCCCUAUGUGUGGAGAAGGAUUGGGCCCACUGGAAGCUGGGAUGGGAUAUCAGACUUUUGGCUGCACUUUUUGUGGGAGUUUGUGGGUCUGGGGUGAAUACAACAAUCAUCACAUUUUGUGUUUCUAAAAUGGACCCAGUAUUUGUUUCUGCAUUUAGUCCGAUGAGCCUCAUGCUAAUGGUAGUAAUUGGGUCCUUGCUGCCGAACGAGAAGCUUUAUUUGACAAGCUUGAUAGCAAUAGUGAUAAUAAUAAUUACCAUAGUGAUGCUACUUUGCGGAAAACUCAGAGAAAUGCCCGCCCACGCCGAUGCCAAUGCCAAUACCGAUGCCGUUACCGAUGCCGAUGCCGAGCGGUUAGAAGGACCUGAAUUUGUCUAA